AUGGCAGAUCGCACCGAAUUGGCUGCAGAGCUGAAGAGGUGGUGCCGGGGGGAAGGUUUGGAAGAAGCUAGAGCGCUUAUGGUCCUGGUCCCUGAAGAAGCGGAAGUAGACCAAAUAGAAGAAACCUUAGAAAAGGUGAAAUGUUUGGGUCGAGUCCGUGUCCGACGCAGAAUGUUCCACCCCUCCCAAAGCUGUAUAUCAGUUUUGUGUGAAUGCAGAGAAGAGUGUACUGAGAAUGUACCCCCUGAAGUGCUUCAUGCAGGAAGUGGAAAACUCUGGCCAGUGAUCACAUUAUGUGAAAUUCCAGUUGUAAGUAACUUCAAUACCAAGUUGAAAACCUUGCUUAAUGCUGAGGGCAAGACUAUAGAAGAUGUUAAAAGUCUUUUCACAGAAUCCACUCCCAAGGUCAACUCCACUGAGUCUAUCUUGCAAGCGGUUGGUGACUUCUUGGAGAAGUCUUGCAAGCCACAGGCGGAAGGUGGUUAUCGGCGUUUACGCCUGUUCUCAGGGAACUUGCCGAUUCCCCCCAAUGAGGAAUCAUUUGACUACUGGCUUGAACAAGCAUGGCUCAUGGUGGAAGAAAGUGACUGUACAGAGAGGGAGAAAAGGCGCAGGAUAAUGGAAAGCCUAAAAGGGUCUGCAUUGGAAAUUGCGAAGUCAGUCAAAGAUUCAUAUCCAGAUGCAAAACCCACAGAGUACCUAGAAGCCCUAGAGAGUGCGUUUGGUACUGCUGAAUCGGGAGAUGAUCUCUACUUUGCCUUUCGGCUAAUGCAGCAACAGCCAGCAGAAAAACUGUCUGAUUUUCUAAGACGGCUGGAGAGAGCUCUCAAUAAAGUAAUACAGAGAGGAGGGUUUCCGGCUGAUGGCAAAGACAAAGCCCGUUUGGAACAGCUUUUGAGAGGAGCUGUCGUUUCAGAUCUCAUGUGUUAA